AUGGGAAAAUUUUUGGGGUUGAGUUCUUCGGAGCUCAAGGCCCUCAGCCUCCCUUCCUCUCUGCGUUUCCUCCUCGGCGUGGAGUAUGAUGUUUUGAUGUGUGUGACAGAAGUGGGCAAGCGCCGAGCGUGUACGAUCCGCUUUCCUACUCUGGGAAACAACUUUCAGAAACUCCUCGAACUUUGCGCGGAGCGCUUCGGACUUGUCUGCACACACCAUGAGGAUCACUCACUUCUCUCCGGGACGGCCGUGAUACCGCCGUUACGCUACAUUGAUUACUUACCCGGGGCAUUGCAUGCGGAGGAGUUGCUGGGUUGCCUCGGGGUGAAACCUGUAACAGCUCCAAGGCGUUGUGGGGCAUCGUUACACGACUUCGUGGCAUCCUUUAUUGAUUACAGUGAGUACAAUACAGAUGCUUCACUUGUCGAUGUGCAUGGCACUGGGUUUUACUUGACGAUAGACCAUGGUCUCUCUAUGGCCACCCAUAGCCAUCUCGUGAAGAUCAACUUUCACAAGGGUUUUAGUUUGGAGGAGGCACUUCGUGAAUUUGAGGAGUUUAGUGGUUGGAGUACAUUCGACAUACGCUUUGAAGACGUGGAUGACAAACUUGCGGGCGGGGUUGUAGUGAUGCCCUCGGUUCAGGACGCGUGUGAUCUGUUUGAAAAGUACGAGGAUGAGGACUCCGACGAUGAAGGGGAGAUACUGCCAUUUAUGCUUCGCCCAGUCGCCCCACUCACGUCGGUGCCUUCUGUGGAGGAUUCUGCCUUGAAAAAGCUGCGGGAUCAGCACUGGGGGGAAAUUGAAAAAUUCUGGGAACGCUUCCCGAAGUGGAAAAAUUGUGUCGUGGUUUCAAACCUCUACGACUCUGCCUCACUGGAGGAGACGCUGCCGCUGUUUAAAGGUCUCACCAUCACGACCUCCUCAGUGGUGGAGGACAACUCACCCGCGCGGCGACGACGCGUCUUCGUGACCUUUGCGACCCCUGAUGACGCCAAAAAAGCGCUUUUUGUGGACGGCAAGAGCACGAAGGGGAAAACGUUGCGGGUGCAGGUGUCACCGCCGUACCUCAAUGAAAGCCGUCGGGGGCGCGUGCUGGGAAGUCGACCGCCCUCGCUUUCAGAGCCAUCCGCACAACCGCCGGGCGCAGAGGCGCAUGCAGGGUCUUUGAGUCCUCCGCUUCACCUGCAAGAAAAACGUGACGCUGCUGCUGGCGGAAAUUCCGAGGUCGCCUCCACGCCGGCGGGAAGAGAAGGAGGUAGUAGGAGAGUUGGCGAUGAGAAGUGCUGGAAUACGCCUGCGUUGUCGAGCAGCACACCGACACAUGCCUCCACCCCAGCUGCCCUGCCGGCUGCGCUCGCAUCUAGGGAGGGAGGAAGCCAAAGGAAGACAGUGCAGCUGCCAAUACAGCCACACUGUAGUCCACCUCUGUUAGCAUCCACGAUGAAUGCAAAUGCCAGAGAGUUUAUUCCGUCCUCAACAUAUCAGUCAGCCGCCACCUCAACUGACUACUACCCGUCGCCAAUGCAAAUGGCCUUCGUGCACGAGGGUUACGGGCCGCCGCCACCUUGUUACCCCACCGUCGCUGUGGCACCUGUUAGUGUGGUUGGUUCAAUGGCUGCUGUGCACCGAAGUUCAAGAGGCGGGGCGGCCCCACCGCCGUACGCCGCGCCGCCGCCGUAUGCUAUCGCCACUGGACAGAAUAUACAAAUCAUGCCAUCACCGCCGCCACCACCACCACCGCCGCCGCCGCCGCCACCACCACCGCCAUCGGCAUCACCACAUAUUUGA